AUGUUCUCCUUUCAUAGCAUUGGGAUCGAUAUUUCGCCAGCUAUGGGUUCAACUCCCCAGCACAUAAUUCGACCGAUCGAAGAUAUGCUGAGUUCCAGCGCAUUUGAAUCAGAGCUCCCAAUGGGUACACCUUGGGGUAUUGGGUCCACCACUAGGGCCAUAAAACGCCUAGUCGUAAGAGAGCUAUCGAAGGCCGAAGGAGCCCCAUAUAUCUUGCUGCACAAUGUGCCCCCAAGUAUUAUCGAAAGAACGACCGAUAAUCGCCAGCUCCUUGGAUCCAGAGCAAUCCGCCUCUGUUAUAAUUCAGAAACGCGCCAGCUCAUAAUAAAGUUUCCGAAGGAGCCCCACGAGGUGGCCUCUAGGUCAUUAGGUAACAUAUUUCGCCGAGCAUUUGAUACUAUGGGCCUCGGGGACAAAUACCUAAGCCUCGGGUCAGCAAUCGCCGAUAAUGGGCGCGUCGAGAAGGAGCCGGAUGACCAAUGGGUCCCUAAACCAGAAUACCUCCCUGCAGGACGGAACGUGCACUGGCCCACAGUCGUCCUCGAGUGUGGAUGGUCUGAAGGGCUAUCCCAAUUGAGGAGGGAUGCCAGUAUCUGGAUGGCACAUUUUGAGGCCAAGGUAGCGAUCAUAGUGUCUGUUGAGAGACGGAGACAUUUUAUCCAAAUCGAAAAGUGGGUACCAACCGCCGGACAUAGCCUCAGGGCUGGGCCCCUGAUUCAAUCUAGAUGCGCCCAAAGAAUCCACAUCAUGGAGACCAAGAGUGGUCUCCAUAUCAACGGCCCGUUUUUGUACAUCGAAUUUGAGGAACUGUGGCUUCGCCAACCGGCCGCGAACGAGCGAGACUAUGUCUUCCCCCAUGCUACACUGGAGGUCCUCGCCGACGACAUCUGGGUUCGCCAGGAUAUCUGGCUCGCUGAGAGAAACGAGGAGCUAGAAGAGGUUUCCGAUGAAGAUAUUGAGAUCGAUAAUGAGGAUGACGACCAGGAGGAGAGUCAGUAG